AUGCUUCCACGUGUCCGCCUGCUGCUACUGGUGCUGACCGUGGUGGCCGCGGCCACCAGCGUGCUCGCCAUGUACGGCCCGCGGGACUCGGUGGUGAUCCUCACGGACAAGAACUUCGAGAAGGAGGUGCUGCAGAGCCCCGACUACUGGCUCGUGGAAUUCUACGCGCCCUGGUGUGGCCACUGCAAGAAUCUGGAGCCGGAGUACAAGGCUGCAGCCAAGAAGCUCAAGAAACACGCGCGCCUGGGCGUCGUGGAUGCCACGGUGCACCAGCAGCUGGCGCAGAAGUACCAGAUCAAGGGCUUCCCGACGAUCAAGGAGUUUGGCGCCAAGAAGAAGCGUCCACAGGACUACCGCGGCGGGCGCACGGCCAGGGACAUCGUGCAGUAUGUGAAGAACUCGCCUGAGGCCAAGAAACUCGGUGUCAGCGGCGCCAACGUCGCGACGCUCGAGUAUGACAAGGUGCACGCCUUCGUGAACAAGGAGCUGCCGUCGGCCAUUUUCUUCGGCAGCCCGAAGAAGGGCAAGAAGAGCGCCAAGGUGCCGGCGUGGCUCGGCAACGUGGCCGAGUCGUUCAUGGAGGGCAAAAAGAAGAAGAAGAAACCCACCGUCCAGCUCGCGUUCGUGCCGGGAUCGGACGACAAGAUCGCCAACCACUUCGGACUCACCGAGGAGCAGCUGCCGACCGUGAUCUACGUCUACCCGUCUAGCCAGAAGUACGUGGUGUCGGAGGAGACCAAGCUCAACGAGGCUGCGGCCAAGAAGUUCAUCGGUGACGCGCUGGCGAACACUGAGGCGGCGGAGAAGGACGAGUCGCUGCCCAGUGUGCCGCUGUUCCCGUCGCCCGAGGUGGCCAAGAAGAAACCCGUGGUCACCUUGAAGGAGCUGGACGCGCAGAGUGUUCGCGACUGCACCUCCAAGCGUGGCAAGAUGUGCGUCGUCGUGGCCAAGGAGGACGCGGAGCUGGUGCGCUCGCUGGCCAAGAAGUACCGCCGCGACCCGUUCACCUUCCUGUCGAGCAAGCCUGGUGCGCAGGCCUUCAAGGCGCUGACUGAGUUCAUCGGCGAGAAGACGGAUGUUCCCGAGGUCGUUGUCGUCAAGCCAGGCCGCAAGGUCAAGUACUCGGCUCUGUCGGGCACGAACGACGAGAGCGCCAUUUCGGAGUUCCUCGACAAGCUCGUGGAUGGUUCGACCCCGUUCUCCGUGCCGAGCGGCGAUCUGGAGGCUGCGCUGUCUGGCUCGUCGGACGAUGCUGCCAAGCACGAGGAGCUGUAGGCUGCAAGUCAAGUAGCUCCACUUUCCCUGUCAUUUUUUCUGGACAAACACGCAACUGUCGUUUUGCGCACC